AUGGCGAAGAGGCCUCGUAAUCCGCAGGCACAUCUGCUCUGCAUACCUCGCGGCCUCACCCUUGCCUGUAAGCAGCUCUACUGCGAGACGCAUGACCGCUUCAAGGGCAUCACAGCUGAAGUCAAGGAGAAGGCGAAUCUCUUCACUUGGUUGAAGAAGCAUGGCAAGAAGGCUGCUCUGUUGCCGACCAUACGACUCGACCUGCCACCUCGCUCUAGCACUUACCCGAUCGUGGACCAUGACUGCGCUUACGGCUGGGCUGUGUAUCGCCGAAUUAAGUUUCAUGACAGAGUCCAUCCCCUACGCAGUGUUCAGAGGCAGGCACGAGAUGUCGAGAUCAAGCUACCUAAGGAUGUUCUACAAGUUCGAGUGUAUGCCGAUGCGGUGGGCCGUGAGAUGGUCUGGACGUCUGCUCCUCAGGAUCUCGAAGACACAUACGAUCGUACAAUCGCCAGGCUACACGAUGAGUUGACACUAUCGCGGGCAUCGGGAUCAUAA